AUGACAGACUGGGUUGCUGUAAACAAAGGCAUGCUCUCACGUUUGCUGUACCCAAAUCCAGUGUGUUUGCUCUCAGUGUGUAGUCUAGAUCAUCGUAUACGUAGUCUGAUGACAAUUAGUUGGCUCACGGCGAUUAAUAAUCAGGGGAAAUUCAUUUGUUCUGUUCAUACAACGCGCAAUACAGCAAUAUUAUUGAAAAAAAUGGGUGCUGUCUUUGUGCUUAAUGUCCCAGUGCGGGGAAUGGAAGAGCUAAUUCUUGCCAUUGGUGGCACUUCAAGUGCGGACGGGGAUAAGUUUGAGCAACUUAACGUAGCUCUUUGUGCACCAGGAGGUGGUCCAUUGGAAGGACCAGCAACAUCUGCCACUAAAAUAGGACAUUCACUCAAGCAAAAAGUCUCAAAAAAAGAUCUAAUGCGACAAGAAGUGACUGAAGCUGUUGCUCAAAGUAUUGCACUAAGUGACUGUGUGGCGCAUCUUGUCUGUCGUGUUGAUACUGUGACUGACGACGAUGGCCAUUUAUUGCUCCGAUGUACGCAAUUAGCAGGCUGGGCACGACAAGAGUAUUGGGAUGGACGCAAUUUUAUUGCACAAUACGGCACUCACGCUGAACCGUACUUAACAUUUUUAGGAAGCAAAACUUUUGGGUACGUACUACCAGAAAAAUCAGUCACAUCACUGAAGGAAAUAUAG